AUGUGCUCUACCAUUCCCUUGCCUCUGCCAUGCAUUGACCGCGUCAAUCCUAAAACAGGAAAAUCUGAUUGUUCGAGCAUGGCGCAUCUUUGUGGCAACGGAAAAUACUACUUAGUCAUGCAUGAGCAAUGUCCACAAACAUGUGGACGCUGCGAUUCUAAUGGAAGAGUCAUCCCACCUCCACCAGUAAUACCAGGAGGGUGUGUCGAUUUCUCGACAAAAGAAUGCCUUCGUCUGGCAAUAUACUGUCACCAUCCCAUCUACAAAGAUCUUAUGAAACAGCAAUGUCGAAAAUCCUGUGGAUAUUGCUACUAA